ACUUUAUCCACAAGGAAAGGGAGGCCCUAUGCCUGGAAAAGGAAGUACUAUGCAACCUGGAGGAGGUGCUCCUGGAAAUAUAAUAGCCGGAGCAGGUGGGAUGAAGGGCGGUCCUCUGCAGAAAGGUGGUAAACCCGGUACUACUGUCGGAGGUGGAAAACCUGGCAAAGGAAAUAAAGGUGGGAAGCCGCGUCCACCCCCUUCAAUGCUCAAAAAAGGGGGCGUUUACAGAGCGGAAGAAAUUACUCUUGCUGAAGGAAUCAAUCCAGACGAUUUGCGGAAAUCUGACGACAACAAAAAUAUUAUGGCAGCUAAGUAAUGUUCGUGUUGCUGUAUAAUUGAAUCUCGAUCUCCAUGUUUUCUGGUGUUCUUUAAGAUUUAUGAAUAUUUACUUAGCACUGACUUCAGCAUUAAUCAGGCUUUAUUCAGAAUUAUCAUCAUGGACUACUUCCGAGUGGGAGGCUUUGGAGUAGUUAUUUUUCACAGACAAGCGAGUAACAAGAGUUGUAACUACAAUAACACAUCUCAACAACUUUAACUUAUCAUUUCUAAUGUACAAAAGUCGGACGUAAAGGCUUUGCAACUCCGACCCUUCGCAUCGAAAGGACAGAAGCAGCUAGUCAACCUUACAUCCGCAAGACUGCCACACACGAUCAGUCCUGGAAAGACGGUGAAGAAAGCGGCAGUGGAACGAGACCGACGGCGGCGGAAAAUUCUUGCAGCAUUUCACGUCUUCCGACCGGAAUUAGAUCUAUGUAUUUGAUAUGCUUCUAAAUGCUUUUGUUGUUGUUGGAGUCUAGGUGUAAAUUUAGAGUCGUAUCAAGCACUACGCUCUUCGCUCCAAAGCUUCUCGUUCUGGGAGUCAACAGUCCUUUUUUACCAACUUGCAACGACCUUAAGGAACACAUUCUAGCACUUGAAACUUCGCUACGUAUAGAGUUGCAUUUGGGUAUGGUCUUUUGGAGCUUCUGUCAUUUCUUGAAGUAUAAUCUUGUUAUAUCCGUCGUAGUAACUGUUCAACAUCUCAUCGCAAGAAAAUUGACAAUCUAUCAACCCAAUCUUGUUCCUAGGUGAGGAUAGUAGCGCGAUGUGGUUUGCGAAGUCUGAAGGCAUGCGCCGUG